AUGGGUUUCUUGUGUGUGGUGUGUUUUGCGCAGCUGUUCUGGGAGAAGCGUCUGAAGGGCUUGCGCUCAUCGGACGUGUCGGAGGGAGCGCUCAGGACGAUGGAUCUGCCCAGAGGUUUACAGAGUAUGGGGCCGGACUCGGCGGACGAGACGCUUCUGUCAGCCAUCGCUAGCGCUCUGCACAUGAGCUCGGCACCCAUCACGGGUCAGACGUCCUCGGCGGCCGACAAGAACCCGAGCAUAUGGCUGAACACAUCGCAGCCGCUCUGCAAAGCCUUCACCGUCACAGACGACGACAUUCGGUAAGACUCAUUUUCAGUCUCACUGCACAUUACUGUAUAUGAAACAGCAAAUCUGUAACUUUAUAACAUUAAUAUCUC